UAUAAUUAAAUCUAAAUUAAUCCAAGCAAUUAAAAUAAGGGUAUUUUCAUUUUUACCACCUUCAAAUAAUGACUUUGUCGAAUUUACCACCUCCAAAAAAAAACAUUUACUUUACCACCUCAUAAAAAAAUUAAACAUCAGUUUUACCACCUCAUCUGAGCUCAGGUGACGGAAAACGCUUGUGGGGCCUAGUUAACUGUCACUUCCCUCCAAUUUAAUUCUUUUAAAAUCGAUUUCCCUCUGUCUCCUCCUUUUCUCACCUUCCACCUUCCAUAAUCAAUGUCUCACCAAAUUUCUCACUUCCUCAUCAAUUUUCGUCUCUCUCUCCUUUGAUUUUUCUUGAUUCUCACUGUAACUGCUUCUCUCUCCUUUGAAUUUUCUCUUUCUCUCUGUAAAAACUGAAACUCUAGAUCAAUUUGGGUGGUUGAAAUCGAGCUGGAACCACAAAAUUGCAACACAUCAGCUUCUCUUGUCAUCUUCCACAGGGUGAGGGGACCAAAAGCUUGGUAAUUUGCUGACAGAAAUCGAGAUUCCUGACUACAAGAGAAUGGACACAGUGGACUUAAAAAUUACAGUAGGGGGUGCCUUUAUACCUUCUUUAGCUGGUAAAAAUAGGAGGGUGUUAACUUGGGAUGGUGGGUGGGUUUAUUGGAUGAGAAAGGUGGAAAAAAAUAAGAUAGAUGUACACUUUUUGAGGCAAGCAGCUAUACAUGGGUUUGUGUAUGUGAAUGUGAAGGUUCCUAGGGGGUUUAGUUGCUGGUAUAAACAAAAGGGAAAGUCUUGGGUGAAUGGUAAAAGGGAGCUUGUUGAUGGUGAGGUGAAUGGUUUCCUAGAGUCGGUGAACAAAGAGGGGGCAUGUGAGAUGUAUGUUACCAGUCAUGAGCCAAUUGAAGGGACUAACAAAACACCCUUCAAAUGUAUAUCUGGGAAUGAGCUAACCCCUGCACAAAGGAAGGAACUGAAAAAGAGGUUUAGUGGGCCUAAAGUAUACAAACCCAGCCCAGAACUUAGUAAGCCCACUGAAGAAGAGCCAUUUAGGAGAAGCCCUAGGUUAAAAGGCAUUGUUAUACAUGACAGAGAGGCUGAGGAGAGGCUUCCUAGGGCAGAGAAAGUGAAUGCUAAUACACAUAAAGGGAAGGGUAAACUCACUGCUGCAGAUAAGGGUAAGGCUAAGGUUGGGGAUGAGACUGGAAAUUUUGCUAAUUUAGUGAGAAAAAUAAAAGAAAGAGUGAGGAGCUUAAGGGAUGACAGUGAUGUGUUUAGUGAUGAGGAUGGUGAUACAGAGUCUUCUGAUUCUGAGUUGAGUGAUUUUGAGUUAGAAGUUGAUGAGGGAGAGGAGGACUUAUACUCUGAUGAUGAUGAACAGUGGUUGAAGAAAAAUGUAGACCAUAUUAACAGUGAGGUGAAAGGCAGUUUGAGGGGAGUUACUGAAGGAGGGGAUCAAAGUGAUGAUGAGGACACAGGGUUUGACAUAGAAAGAAAUCUACAGAAAAUUGAAGUGAGGGUUGAAGAGGAGGCAACUUGUGAUUCUGAUGAGCUAAAGAGUGUGGAAGGUGAUUCAGAUGAUGAUCAGGGUAGUGUUACUUGGUUUAACCCUGAGACAGACUUUGAAAGGGCUAUCAAAUUUGUAGUUGGUCAAAGGUUCAGUGAUGUGCAAACAAUGAGAAAAGCUUUGAGACAACAUGAAAUUGAAAAUAGGUAUGAGUAUUACCUUCUUCACAAUGAUUCAAAGAGGCUAACAGCAUAUUGA